AUGUCACUCGAUGCACCUUACGUCAUCAGUAAAUGGUUGUCGGGCCCUCAGGAAGCAUGGCGAGGGACUGCCGCAUUUACAGAACCGAGCGCCGUACCGAGAAAGCUUCCCUCAAGCGCUCCGGAAUCAAACCUUGAGCUGCUGUGGGCUUUCGGAUUCAAUUCUACUGCCAGCAGAGGGGCGGUUCACUAUACUGCGAAAGGCAACGUGGUCGUUGGUGCCGGCUCUGCCGGCGUCGUCACUAACCAGGGGGGGCAAAAACAGUACUUUUUCUUAGGUCAUAGCGACAUGAUCUCGUGCCUUGCGGUUCAUCGCACGGAGGACCUAAACUUUCUAGCGGCGGCAUCAGGGGCGACCGGGCAAAGAAAAGGGGCCACGUCGACGAUCGUGUGUUCGGGGGAGUUUGGAGCGAGACCGAGAGUGUGCGUGUGGUGCGCUGAGACAUCGCCUCUCGUCAAAGAGAGAGAUCCCAGGCACUAUAAGCUAGUCGUCUCCGUGGGCAAAGAUUCGGCGCACUCGGUGGCCGUUUUUCACUGGCAAUCUCGCACCACACUCUUCACGGCGCCGUCCGGCCCCGAGCCCGUCCUAGGCUGCCACGUUGUCCACGAAAACCUGUUCGUGUCCUGCGGUGUAGACCACCUCCGGCUGUGGACUCGUGUCGGGGGAAGGUUCGAGGUGGAAAAAGGUAUCUUCGGGCGCAAGGGUGCCCGUCAACCCAUGCUGUGCUGCAUCAGCUUGGGUGACGAAGGCAGCGAAAUGGUUUUGACGGGCUCUACUUCCGGGCACUUGUACGUGUGGGAAGGCCGAAACUGCACCCGCUGCAUCAAGGCUCACACUGGCGCCAUUAUGGCGAUGGCAAGAGGUGAUGGCACUGAACACCAGGGAUUGGCAACCGGAAGCGCCGACGGGAAGGUUCAGCUGUGGACAUCUUCCUUGGAGAUGGCCGUGUGCAUCGACGUCAAAGCGCUUGGGCCAAUUUCCCACAUGAUACACUCCCUCAGCUGGGACAUCAUCAACCACAAGAUGCUGGUGGCGACGGACAGUUGCGAGAUAUACGAAAUCCUCGAUUCCGACGGCACGAAUCUCCACCGUGGGCCAAUGGCGCAAGGGCAUUUCGGCCACGGCGUUCGAGGGCUGGCCGUGCACCCAACCGACCCGAACCAGUUUGCCAGUGCAGGAGCAGACCGCACGGUUCGGAUUUGGAACAGAGAACACCGGAAAAUGGUUAAGAUGUGCGUCCUCGACACUCCCGCUCAGUGCGUUUGCUACAACCCUGACGGCACCAUGCUGGCUAUCGGUCUUGGUGGGGGUCUGGCCAGCGACCCCGGCGAGUGGAAUGACUACGGCGAGAAACUGGAGAAGCACGUAGCUGCAACCCCAAACGAGACCAACAAGAAGGACGGCGCAUGGGUGGCGCUUCGAGAGAAGGACCUGACCGUGGUGCACGAAGCUCGAGACUCCAAGAUGCCUAUAAGCGCCAUUCGGUGGUCGCCGGAUGGUGGAACCCUAGCCGUAGCGUCCGAGGAUUCGUUCGUCUACCUGUACAACUGUGGAGACUAUAUCGCGAAGGCUAAGUGCGGCGGACACAACGGACCGGUGACCCACUUGGACUUCAGCUGCGACGGGCAGUACGUACAAUGUGACAGCCAGAAGGGGGGAGAGCUCCUUUUCUUUGAUACUGAAAGGGGAGACCAGAUGACUCCCGCGAACCUGAGGGAUACGGAGUGGGAGACGCAAACGUGUGUGGUCGGCUGGCCGCUGCAGGGUGGCUGGGGUUCCGUGGUGGACGGAUGCGUCUUGACGGUGGCUGCACGCACAAACAAUGGUGAGCAGCUCGUCCUCGCCGACGGCUUUGGUCGCGUGAGGCUUCUGCGGUACCCGGCGGUCAACGACGACCAGGACUUCCGGCAGUACCGAGGGCACGGUUGCCCGGUGCGAAACUGUGGCUUCCUUGCUGACGACGAGUCUCUGGUCACCUCCGGAGGGCGGGACUGUGCCCUCCUUUUGUGGGCGUUCGAGGCAAGGGCCGACGCCGAGGGAGCAGGGAUGGUCGUCGAUUCAACCUCGUCUUCUUCCCGCGCCGACAAGAGCGGGAGCGGGCAGGGCAAAGGGGGCGGGGAGAGAGAUCUCUUCGAAGACGAUCCCGAAGUGGAGACGAUCGCCAUGGCGGACGAGGACCGGCUGCGUCACCCGGACUUGAGGGAUUUGUCACGGUGGGACCAAGACCGAAGGGUGGACCGCACGAAGAACGGCGACUCGGAAGCAACCAUGCUCAUGGAAGAAAACGCCGACGAAGAGCAUUUUGGACCGACGAAACCCUGGCAUCGUGCCGUGGCGGCACCCUCGAGUGCACCCCCAGAGGACACUCGAGCCCCAGACAAUGAUCUCGUCCUGGAGUGGGUCCACGGGUACCGCGGCCACGACUGCCGCAAAGCGGCCAUGUACACCGCGUCCGGGGAGGUACUGUUCUUCGCCGGGAGCCUCGUUGUCAGGCAAGACGUGCCCAAGAAAGUCCAGCGGUUCUUUAUGGACCACACUGAUGAGGUCCUGUGCUUCGACACGCACCCUUCCCGCCCUUUGGCCGCCAGCGGACAGAGGGGACGCCUCCCGAAGGUCAUCGUGUGGGAGAUGGGAGAGAUGCGGACGGUCAGAGUGCUGGAGGGGUACCACCGCCGCGCCGUAACCACGGUCACGUUCUCGCCAGACGGUCGACUCUUGGCCACGAUGGGGGCCGACGAUCACCACGGGCUGGCCGUGUACGACUGGGAGAACUCCGUGCUCUUGUGUACAACCAGGACCGGUCCGGCGAAGACCUUCUCCCUCGGGUUUACCAUCAACUCCGACGGUCUCAUCCUGUGCGCGGAUGGAACGGUAGAUUUCUGGACAAUACAGGGUGGGCAGAACAUGACCAGGAGACCCGCCAGCCUCGGGCCUUUCGGAAAGCGGCAGCUUUUCCUGUGCCAAGGGUGGGACGGGACGAACCCUGUCGUCGGAACCUUCGAUGGGCACAUCUACAGGUUCUUAGGGCGUCGGCUUGAUUCCUUGGUAAAGGCCCACACCACAGAGGUUUUCGCGCUGUGCUCCACCGGGGAAGGGCUUGUGUCGGGGGGUGCUGACGGCUACGUCAAGAUCUGGGGGCACAAUCUGCAGCCUCGUCACCAACUCAAUCUCUUGACAUCUUCUCUAAAUCCCUCGAUCCGGAGUGUGUCCUGGCACACGAGUAACGACAAGGUCCUGGUCGGGACGGCAGGAAACGAGCUGUUCGAGUUCAACGCGACCAGCGGCGACAACCUGCACGAAGAAGGAAAGCCGCUACUGAGAGGACACGCCGCGCACGAACUGUGGGGGCUGUCUUGCCACCCGUCGGCCCCGGAGUUUUGCACCGUCGGGGAGGAUAAGCAGCUUAGGAUCUGGGACAUCUACUCUAAAAGGCCCAUGCGGUGCCACGAGGUGGAGAUGCCGUCAAGGGCGGUGGCCUACUCCCCAGACGGGUCAAAGAUUGCCGUCGGCUUCGGCAUGCCGAUCCGGGAGAGCAGCAAGCAGUUCGACGGGAAGUGGAUCGUGCUCCAGGAGGACGACUUCCAGGUCCUGCACGCGGCACGCGACUCGCAGAAGCACAUCACAGACAUCAAGUGGGCGCCGAGCGGCCAGAGCUUGGCGAUGGGGGCUGCGGACGGCAAGGUUUACGUGUACAACACGGACGAGAAGUACGUUCUUGCUGCCAUGCUGACGACACACAACAGCCCCAUCGUCGCCAUCGAUUUCAGCACGGACGGCCGCUACGUCCGAUCUACGUGCCAGGCGUACGAGCUGUUUUCGCACGAGGCAGAUACGGGGAUGGUCAUCCCCGCGGCGUCUCGGCUGAAAAACGUGCAGUGGGACACGCAGACGGUACUCUUUGGCUGGGCCUCGCAAGGGGUAUGGCCCCCUGAACUCGACGGCACAGAGGUCAUGAGCAUCGAUGCGACACUCCAUUCCGAACACCUGAGCAAGGCCGUAGCUGCUGGCGACAACCUCGGGCGGAUCCGCCUCCUCCGCCAGCCAUGCACCUCACCCUACGCUGACUCCAAGUCAUACAGGGCACAUUCGGCGGGAAUCACGCGCCUGCGCUGGAGCAUGGGGCAGAGUCACCUAAUUUCCAUCGGGAUGGAGGACCGGUGUGUCAUGCAAUGGCGGCACGAGAGGGAUGACCUAGCCGCCAAGGAAGCUAGCAGGCCCAACGCCGCGGUCGCGAGCGCGGCAACUUCAGGAGCAGCGAGAGAAGGCCCCGACGCACCGAAAGCGAACGUCGGCGAUCCCUCUGAUCCCUCGGAGGCGGCGGCGGCGGCGGCGGAAGGGCCUGCGCCGGAAGACAGUGAUGCUGACCCCGAAGCCGACGUUCUGGGUACUGCAGGGCAGCAAGGCGGCGGCCUGUUGUCGGCCAGCAACGGGGAGGGCGGGCGAGCGGAAGACAAAAACGUGGAUCGGCCGUGGGUCAAAAACAUGAUCGAGCCUUCGUACGCGCUGGACCUAGGGAACGACACGAGCGCACCCAAGCAGAGCGUCUCCCUUGCAUCCGUUCGCGGGAUCCGGAGCCAAGGAUUGGCGCGAGGAAGCCUCGCCUACAACCGGGUGGGGGGCCUGGUGUACCCGGCGGCCACCAUCGGGGUCGUGUACAGCCGGAAAACGCACAGCCAGGGGUACUUUCGCGGGCAUGCCGGGAAACAAAUCAUUUUCCUUCGCGUUAGCCCGAACCAGCGAUUUGUUGCGUCAGGCGAGGCCGGAACAAGACCGACAGUGCGCGUGUGGGAUGCAGCCACAAGCGUCGAGCUGUGCACGCUUCCGCACUACCACCGCCAAGGGAUCGCCAGCCUGGCGUUCUCCAAGGACGGCAGGAGGCUGGCCACGGUAGGGGUAGAUUCGGACAAGUCUCUGGCCGUCUGGCGAUCUUGCUCGGGUGAAUGGUACGACGCCGAGCUCCAGGCGACCGGGAAGGGGGGGCGAGGUUUCGGGCACGUGUUUUUCGCGGAGUUUUCUCACUCAGACGACGACGAGCUCCGCGUCAUUACCGGAGGGGUCGGUCACGUCAAAUUCUGGGCUCUUAACGGAAGGUUGUUCAACGCCAGAAUGGGCCUCUUUGGGAAGGUGGGCAAGCGGCAGACGAUGCUGUGCGGAACGGCCAUCGCGGCGGCCCGGUUCGUCAGCGGCGGAGUAAGCGGCCACCUGUACGUGUGGAAGGGGAGGUGGCUCGAGAAGACCCUGCGCGCCCACCAACGGUGCAUCAACUCCGUCCAUCAUACCGCAGGGGGAUUAGUCACGGGUGGGAAGGACGGCUUUGUCAAGCUCUGGAGCACGCAACUGGCGCACCUCAAGACUUUCGACUUGAGCGAGGCGACAGUCCCGCCCCUUCUUCGCGGUGUGCGAUCGGUCUGCGCGUCUCUCGACGUUACCGGGUCGGAGGUGAUCAAGAUCGCGGCGGUGACGGCUGGCUCUGAGGUUUACGAGAUAAGCAGAGAGAGCGGCUCCAUGAUGUUGCUGCAGGAGGGCCACUUCAGCGGGCAGCUCUGGGGGCUGGCGGUACACCCAACGGAUGGAGACAUCUUCGCAACGGCAGGGGACGACCACAGCAUUCGAGUGUGGAGCGUGUCCCUAGGAGUCAUGCUGCGGAAGGCGUACGUGGAUGGCACGUGUCGAGCGCUGGCAUGGUCACCCGACGGCCGGCUCCUCCUCAUUGGGAUGGGCGGCAGCAUCGGUGGCGAGCGCACGAGGAAGGAUGGGACGUUCUUGAUUUUCGACGUGUACAACAUGGAGAUCCUGUACGAGGGGAGGGACUCUCGCUCUUGGAUCCGGGCGUGCUGCUUCAGUCCCGACGGCAAGAGCUUCGCGGUGGCAUCGACGGACAACAAGAUCUACAUCUACGACUCUAAGUCCUACGCGCUCAAGGCUAAGGCCCAGAAACACAACAGCCCCCUCGUGGCCCUGGACUUCAGCGAGGACUCCAACUACGUGCAGUCCGCCUCCGAGGACAACGAACUCCUCUACCAUAGCGCUGGCGACGGCCUGCCGUUCGCAGUGCAAGCCCAGCUGAAGCACAUCAAGUGGUCACAGUACACGUGUCCGUUCGGCUGGCCUGUUCAGGGGGCCUGGCCUCCCGUAGCCGAGGAAAACGCCGCGACGUUAACCUCGCUCCACCGAUCGCACGACAGAACACUUCUGGUGACCGCGGACGAUGCUGGCAAUGUCAAGCUGUUCAGAUACCCCGCACUAUCGAAGCAGGCGGGUUACAAGCUCGUCUCGGGCCACGUCGGGGGCAUUUCGUGUGUCAGGUUCACGGCUGACGACGCGCACAUCGUGUCCAUCGGCAAGGGCGAUCGAGCGAUCUUCGUCUGGAAGGUCGAUGAGGCAGCGGACGGGCUUCCCCCGUAG